AUGGUUCUCCACCAGUUCGACUACAUUUUUGCCAUUGGCACCAUCUUUGCGUUCCUCGACGCAUGGAACAUUGGUGCCAAUGAUGUCGCCAACUCGUGGACGACGUCCGUCUCGUCGCGGUCCAUCUCCUACAUCCAGGCUAUGGUGCUCGGCUCCAUCCUCGAGUUUGCCGGCGCAGUCGGUGUCGGCGCCCGCGUGGCAGAUACUAUCCGUACGAAGGUCGUUGAUGUUGACCAGUUCGAGGAAAACCCAGCCCUGCUCAUGGUCGGCAUGAUGUGCGCCAUCCUGGGCUCGUCCCUGUGGCUCACGUUCUGCACCAAAGUCGGCCUCACCGUUUCGACGACACACUCCAUCAUGGGCGGUGUUAUCGGCAUGGGAGUCGCUCUGGUCGGUGUCAACGGCAUCACCUGGGCCGACUUCAGCAAGGGCGACAUCAGCUCCGGAGUCGUGUCUGUCUUCCUGGCCUGGAUUAUUGCGCCUGGUUUGUCCGCGGCGUUUGCCAUCAUCAUCUUCCUCGUCACCAAGUAUGCGGUCCUGCUGCGGAGCAAGCCUGUGCUGCGCGGCCUGAUGCUCGUGCCCGUGUACUUUGGCAUCACCGCCGCGCUCCUCGUCAUGCUUAUCGUCUGGAAGGGUGGCUCCAUCAACGUCAACUGGAUGACCAACGCGCAGAUUGCUGGCAUCGUGGUCGGCGCCGGCGCCGCUUGGGCAAUCCUCGUUGCCAUCUUCCUCGUCCCGUGGCUGUACCGCAUCGUCGUCAAGGACGACUGGCAGCUCCGCUGGUACCACAUUGCUCUCGGCCCGCUGCUGCUUCGCCGUCCUGAACCUCCGAUCCAGCCUGAGGGCGCCAAGGGUGGCAUCCGCGACUUCUACGAGGGCCACCUGACCAAGGAGCAGAUGGAAGAGCUGCUCACAGCCGAGAGAGUCCGCGAUGAGGAAAACACAGCCAACGAGGCCAAGACUGCUUCGGAUGCCGUGUCGGACAAUGUUCGUUCGGACAACGAUCAGCCGGAGGGUGCCAAUGCUCCCGCGGACAACUUCCCGCAGGAGAAGAAGAUUGUCGGGCCUAAGCCCGAGGGCCCCUGGUACAACAGCGCGGUGCUCUUCUGGUACUUUAAGUGGCUCUUCCUGCGCGGCGUGGACCAGGACAUUGUCAACCUGCAGCACAAGAGGACGUUCCUCUCUGGCGAUUUGGCAGCCAUUCACUCGCACGUGCCGCACUACGACAACAAGGCCGAGUAUCUGUACACAUUCGUCCAGAUCAUGACGGCGUGCACUGCUUCUUUCACUCACGGAGCUAAUGAUGUUGCGAACGCAAUUGCCCCCUAUGCGACGAUUUACCAGAUCUGGCAGUCCGGCGCCCUCAAGGGUAGCAAGUCUGAAGUGCCCAUCUGGAUCCUGUGCUUUGGCGGUGCCGGUAUUGCUCUCGGCAUCUGGACCUACGGCUACAACAUCAUGAAGGUGCUGGGCAACAGGCUCACGCUGCACUCUCCCUCUCGCGGUUUCGCCAUGGAACUCGGCGCAGCCUGCACCAUCAUCCUGGCCACUCGCCUCAAACUCCCCGUGUCGACUACGCAGUGCAUUGCUGGCGCGACGGUCGGCGUGGGACUUUGCUCCGGCACGUGGAGGUCGAUCAACUGGCGCGUCGUUACGUGGAUCUACAUGGGAUGGAUCGUGACUCUUCCCGUCGCUGCCCUCAUCUCGGGCUGCAUCUGCGGCAUCAUCAUCAACGCGCCUCGUUGGGGGUACAAGGGCUACUAG